AUGGAUAGUCUUAUCAGAUCCACCUUCAUAGACGACAUCCCAAUUGCUGCAAGAGGCUCAACAGGGGAAGAUCCAGAUGAGGCUCUCGUAACUUGGGCUCCCAGCCCUUCUGAAAGCGAGCAUCUUGGAACUUUGGAUGAGCCUAGAGAUUGGUUCUGGCAGUAUUGGCGUGAUAUCGAGUUUGACUUAGCAAGGUCCCUGUCCGAGACUCGCAUACCCUCACAACCACUGCGUGACAAACUUGUCUGUUUAUAUUUCAAGCAUAUCCAUCCUCUUUGUCCGGUCUUCGAUGAAGUAGAAUUCUUCGCGUCUUACACCUUUGAAAGUAAUGGCAUGUCUUUCCUUAAGGCAAUCAGCCUAUUGGAAUUUCAGGCCAUAAUGUUCGCUGGUUCUUUGCAUCUUAAUAGCCACCAGAUUCAUGACACACAAUACCAAUCCACAUAUCAAUGCCACAAAUCACUAUUUGAGACCGCCAAGACAACAUACAACGCCUGCGGAGAUGCAUCACCAAUUGUUCUCACCAGGGCUGCGAUCCUACUCACAUACUGGAGUCCAUACCGCUCAGAACUAUACACCAACAUCUACUGGGCUGAUCAAGCUCUCAUGAAUGCUCGUGCUGCUGGACUACAUGAGGAUCAACCUCAGUCUACAAGUCUCGUAUCACCCGGACGGAGAAGGCUGAUCUGGUGGUGCUGCUUGCUUCGUGACCGACUUCUCGCUUUUGGUCUACGUCGCUUCCAGAGGCUUUACCAAGAGACGCCGAGCAGGCCUUUGCCAACCCCGCACGAUUUUGAAUUGAAAGAUGCUCAGGCAGGACCUUUGGACAUCUCAUGCAGGUUACUUUACAUUGAGAAUUUCAUUGCUCAAUGCGAGCUGAGUCAGAUCCUUACUCGGAUACUAAGAUUUCAAGAACAGAGGAUACAUGCAGCAGAGGUCGUUAAAGGCGGAUUCAAUAUCACUGAUCCGGAAAUUUGUGAGGUUACCUCACUCCAUCUUGAACUCGAUGCGUGGAACCAUCGACACGAGAAAUUACUGAACCAGAACUGCCGGAAGGUGUCUGCUGCUUUCAGUAUGCCUCUUCAAAUGACAAAGAUUUAUUAUAGCUCUGCCAUCGCAGCUUUAUAUCUCCCAUAUAUGUCUUUGACGCCUAGACAGUCCAACAGCAGCAUCCCAGCGAUUGCGCUAAAGGAAGUGAAAGAAGCAGCAUCACAGAUAGCCAAGAGUACAGAGAUGUUAGCAUACAAUGUUGACUCAGACAACAUACCUUGCGCAAUGUAUGAAACUCCUCCUGUCUAUUCCUGGGGCUCAUCACUGAUUUUAAAAAGAGGGGCAUGGAUCACGCUCCCGAUCGCAGUGAAAAUGGUCUUUCUACGCAAUUUAACCGACAUAGAAGACCCAGCCACAGAACUUCAAGAGAUUGCAUAG